AUGGACAAUCAGACGGUGCUGGCUGUGCAGUCCUUGCUGGAUGGUCAGGGAGGUGUGACGGACCCAUCUGCUCAAAAUGUCAACUCCUCUGCUGCUAUCCAGUCCAUGGAUGAUGAAGACGUGUUCCUCUGUGGGAAGUGUAAGAAGCAGUUCAACUCCCUGCCUGCCUUCAUGACCCACAAGAGAGAGCAGUGCCAGGGAAAUGCUCCUUCCCUCUCCACGGUCUCGCUGGCCACCAACAGCGUGUACACCCCCUCCAUCACCUCAGUGCAGCAGGCUCCCAGCGCCAACCGGCAGCAAAUUUCUACGUACAUCACUGUUCCCCCAUCACCUUUGAUUCAGACCCUGGUGCAGGGCAACAUCUUAGUCAGCGAUGAGGUGCUGAUGUCAGCCAUGUCUGCUUUUACAUCCUUGGACCAGCCCAUGCCGACGGUGCAGCCCCCGGUGCAGAGCAGCUUGAGUAUGCAUGCUGGGGCUGGCUACCUCUCCCAGCCACCCCCGCCUCCACCUCCUCCACCGCCACCCCCUCCUCAGCCUCCACCACCUCCCCCCCAGAGCAUGGGGCCUCCAGGGCAGCCCAACGCCGGCGGCAGCGGCGUGGUUGAAGUGUACAGCGCGCCUGCUCCUAUGGCAGCAAACAGCACGGUGGAGAUCCAGACGCUGGGGAUGCAGCCCUAUCCACCCAUGGAGGUACCAAGCCAGUGUGUGGAAAGCCCUGUGUACCCCUCUCCUCCUGUGUACAGCCCUGGGAAGCAGGGCUUCAAGUCCAAGAGCACCAGCGCUCCCACGCCUUUGACCAGUGCAGGAGCAGGCGGUGUGGUUGGUUUUGAUCCUGCUUCAGUUGCCAAAAGUCGACGCUGCAAAAACGAGAGCGGGCUGCAAGAAGGUAGGUGCAAACCCAAGUCUCCCAAGCUGAAAUGCACUUACUGCGACAAGGCUUUUACCAAGAACUUCGACCUCCAGCAGCACAUCAGGAGUCACACAGGUGAGAAGCCCUUCCAGUGCAUCGUGUGUGGCCGAGCCUUUGCCCAGAAGUCCAAUGUGAAGAAGCACAUGCAGACCCAUAAAGUGUGGCCUCCGGGACUGGGGUGCACAAUCUCCCGCAACUCCAUCACGGUGCAGGUCAUGGCCUUGAAUCCCAACCAGCCAGAGGACGAGGAGAACACAGGUUUGACUCAGCCCGUGAGGAACCCUGCAGAACCGCCCCAAGACAUGAGCCCCUUGGAGGACAGCGACACAGGCAAACUGGAAGCCAAGCAAGUUGUCUUGAUCGAUAGCUCUUACCAGUGCCAGUUCUGCCCCAGCAAAUUCAACACCUAUUUCCAGCUCAAAUCACACAUGACACAGCACAAGAACGAGCAGGUGUACAAGUGUGUGGUGAAGACCUGCGCACAGACCUUCCAGAAGCUGGAGUCCUUCCUUGAGCACAUCAAGAGCCACCAGGAGGAGCUGAGUUAUCGUUGCCACCUCUGCAGCAAGGACUUCCCCUCCCUGUACGAGCUGGGCGUCCACCAGUACUCCCACAGCCUGCUGCCCCAGCACAGCCCCAAGAAGGACGUGGCCGUGUACAAAUGCGUGAAGUGUGUCAAUAAAUACUCCACCCCGGAAGCCCUGGAGCACCAUCUGCAGACAGCAACGCACAACUUUCCCUGCCCUCACUGCCAGAAGGUAUUCCCCUGCGAGAGGUACCUGCGCCGCCACAUCCCCACCCACGGCGGGGGCAGCAAGUUCAAGUGCCAGAUCUGCAAGAAGUUCUUUCGCCGGGAGCACUACCUCAAGCUGCACGCCCACAUCCACUCUGGUGAAAAGCCCUUCAAGUGCUCAGUGUGCGAUGCAGCUUUCAAUCGGAAAGACAAACUCAAGCGACACAUGCUGAUCCACGAGCCUUUUAAGAAAUAUAAAUGUCCCUUCUCAAGCCACACGGGCUGCAAUAAAGAGUUCAACAGGCCGGACAAGCUGAAGGCUCACAUACUGUCCCAUUCGGGGAUGAAGAUCCACAAGUGCCAGUACUGUAACAAGUCCUUCAGCCGACGAGCCCACAUGAUCGAGCAUCAACGCUCGCACACCGGCAACUACAAAUACCGCUGCCCCACCUGCAGCAAAGGCUUCACCCGCCACAAGUACAUGAAGGACCACAAGUGCCGGCUGGGCUCACCCAAGGACAAGGACCUGCAGCUCAGGAAGCCCCAGAAGAAGCGGGUGGCGCGGGGACGCAAAGCGGGCCUUUCCCUCCCUAGCCAGCUGGGUCUGGCGGAGCUGAAGGACGGUGCUGCUGCAGAGAGCCCCCCUGAAGGUGGCUCUAACAAAGAACCGUUCCAGGAGUCAGACGCAGUCCUGUCCAUCGUGGUUGGUGGAUCGGGAGCUGCUGACUCAGACCUUGUUCCUGGGCAGCCCAACAGCAUUGCAUCCAAUUUGGCCCUGGCAGAACUGCAGACGGCCUCGGACGGCCCCUGCACCAUGCUGGCUGUUCCCGUUUACAUCCAGACAACGGAGUGAUGAUGUGUAGAGCCACUGUGUGGCUGAGGGCUGCUGCUGGGGCUGUCAGUCUCAGUGCUGAAAUUUAUCCUGGUGAAAAAGACCAAAGCUCUUGUGGGGAGGUAGAUGGACGUGGGAGAGAAUGGCUUUCAUCUCCACUUGUUCUUCUCAUCCUUGGGCAGAGGCUGCUUGGAAGCCACCAACGGCUACAAGGCACUGAAGAGAACAGCUCCGUUACUUCUUGUCCUUCUGCACCACUGGUCAGCCAUGGGCAAGAAAGACUUAAGAUCCCUGAAUCAGGGUGAGAAGAAGGAGCGUGCAAACUUGCAACAAAGAGAGCUGCUGCAAUCAGGUGGCUUUGCAAAUCACAGCCUGUCCCAUCUGUGGUUUUUCUGGCCUAAAAGCUGUAUUGCCCAGUAUUUGGGUGGCCUUUCCGAGAGCAAACAAUUGAUCCUUCCUAGUGGAAGCAAGUUCAUCCUGAGAUCCUUUGGGAACACUGUUCAGAACUACCCUGAUAGACUUAACUCUGGUAUCUUUCUCCUCUCUGUCUCUAUCAGUAGAAAGAUCACCUUGUCUGUACUACAUGUGUUAUAAACACCAUGGACCUCA